UCGCCAGGCGUCAAAAUCUACCCUUUGUGUCAGGUUUGUUAUGAAUAAGGCAGGCAUUAAAGAAGUUAAGAUCUCAGGCAGACAUUCAAGAAGAUAAGAUCUCAGUUGUUUGUUUUUGUGUUGUUUAUUGGCAAUGUUUUCUGUAGCUCCGCACGUAUCUGGUUGGUUCACUGUCUGUCUGACUCUGUGUACAGCCAUCUUACACCUGUCUGAUGGAGCUGGCUUCUUCUUCGCUAAUUAUACAUGGACGUUUCCUGUGUUUACCACUUUAACAACAACCACAGGCACCACCAAGUCGACUACACCUACAACAGAAGCUGUGACCGUAUCCACCACUAUAGCAGUUACUACAGCUAGCAGCACAUCUGCGGCUACGGCUACCACUAAAGCCGCGAUCACAGCUAACAGCACGGCUGCACCCUUGUCAGGUGGAUAUAGUGACACCAGCGUGCCAUCGCCGUCUUUACAAAAUGACACUACCACAUCUGCGUCUUUGUUGAGCUUCAGCAACAAAAGCUAUACUGCAUUUAAUACAACACCAACAGCAUUUCCAACGUACAAUACGACGUGGUUCAGUUUCAACACAUCCUCCAACCCCAACGCCACCCUGGCCACGACCAAGUCUGCUGUCCUCACACCCUCUGGCAGCAACACAUCCACUUCUGCUAACAACGCCUCGCUUGCACAAAACACUACAUUAGCACCGCCAAACGUCACCACAGCUACGAUCAGCACAACUUCUAGUUUGACUAAACUGAAUGCCACAAGUGCAGCAACACCAUCGUCGUUCGACACAUCUCUGUUCACAGCGACUAUAAAUUCGACCAGACAGAACCUAACAUUCACCACUCCUGCUAGCAUAAAUGCUGAGACAAACGUAACCACGCCCCUUCAAUCUGCGUCACUGUUAAGCACAGCCACUCAGAACAUUUCAACAACAGCCACGCCCAACAAUAACAGCUCACAGACAGUAACGCUGGCUCAGACUACAUCAAACCCGAAUUCAUCUGUAACGUCUAUACGCAACGCAACUUUGUCAUUAACAACACUCACUCAAUCAUCAACGACACCCCCUCAAUCAUCAACCACACCCCCUCAAUCAUCAGCUACACUCACUCAGUCAUCAACCACGCCCAUUCACUCAUCAACCACGCCUAUUCAAUCAUCAACCACACCCACUCAGUUGUCAACCACACCCACUCAGCCAAUCACAUCAAACAAAACUGUUACAAUAUCAACCCUCUCCACUCAAUCUGCCCCAACUACCACAUCUUCUAUAAACGAAACCACAACACCCAAGCAGACACAGACAGUGACAAUAUACCCCAAGCAGGACGAAGUAUCUGGCACGGAGCACUUUUACUAUCUGACCCUACCACAUGUAGCAAGCGAUCUAACUGACAACCCCAACACCACACUGACCACAUAUUUAACACUCGCUACAACUGAGGGUAAAAAUGUUUCCACCAAUAUUACCGUCCAAUCUCCUGUCUAUCAAAACGUCCACCUCAGUGUUCAGCCAGGCAUUGGUGUCACAGUGGAACUAUCACCAUCGCUGGUGCCUGUCAUGGCAGGCUCAUCAGCGCGAGGAAUUAAGAUUCAAUCCUCAGGGUGUCUUCAUGUCAUUUUAUAUUGUAUUUUGGAAGACUCUCAGCUUGGAGUUGUGAUGUCAGCGGCGUCAACCUACAUCCAUCCUCACUUCAGUCUGUCCUACGACUACCUAGUAGUGAUGUCACCAGCAUCAGUAACCACACUAUCCCGACUUUACAUCGUGUCUGUGGCAGACAACAAUCACGUGACAUUGAGGAUGACGUCGUACCCAACGUCUGCAGUCACAGAGUUUAUUAUCAACGGUGUCCGAGUGACUAAUCCGGACGUUCUCGGCUUCUCGUUGAACCAAUCAGAUGUCUUCUUAUUGGAAAGCCAGUCCGACUUGACAGGUUCCAGAGUCACGGCUACAUCCCCUUUUGCCGUCUUUGUAGGAGUGAGGCAGGUCAGCGGUUCAAUCGCCUUUGAACAACUUACUCCUGUGACUGAAGAAACGAAUCAGUUUGUGACGUGGCCGCCUUUAACAGCGUUGACGUCAGUCUAUAGAAUGGCAACCGUUGAUGCCGUGACGUCACUUCAGAUCAAUAGCAGCAGAUGGUGUGAUCUUCCAGAGCCGGGAGACACCUGCGAAGCUCAGGUCCGAGGAGCUUCUCAAGUCACGGCUGACAAGCCAAUCACAGGUCUCCACGCCAUCUUCAAGAACGAAUCGAAUGCCGAGUGCCUGCAGCCACUUGCCUCUAACGGAGCGUGGAGAGACCUUUACACGUGGGUCAUUCCGCAAACCUUUGUGAAAACUUCCGGUUUAACGAUUGACCUCUUUCUUAUUGUCGUUAUCAAAGAUAACUUGAAAACACAAAUAUCAUUGGAUGAUAAACCUUUCAUUCCUGAUUGGGAGAGCGAUUUAGAACCUAAUGGAAAUUAUAGAUUUUUAACUAAAAGGCUUAAUCCAGGUCACCAUAGUCUCCGAGGUAACGAGUCCAAUUACUUUGGGGCUUAUUUGCUUGGCAACAUUCAGUCUGCAACCUUUUGUACGACUCUUGGAGUGGACCACUUGAGUCAGCAUUUUAGGAGUGUUUGUGAGUUCCCACUGAACGGUAACAAGCUUUAUCACGCCACCCCAGGCAACGCUUCAUCACCUUCACCCAGCGCCUAUACCACGGUUUCCUCAACGGAAACAUCUUCUCUCCCGACGGGGACAUCGACGUCCACCAGCUCCCACUGGUACAACAACAACAGCCUGACGCUGGAACAGGUCGACGAGGUCCUGAGCGAUAUCAGGCAAGCCCUUUACCUGGACAACAAGAGGUUGUCCGCCUACAGCCGCAAGCUAACCAGCGCCCGCGACGACAGGCCGUCGUGCAGGAACUUGGGCUGUGUGGGCGUGGCUCUGGUGGUCACUGUCCUCCUCCUAAUGGUCAUCGGUGACGUUCUCCACGUCUGUGUUUGGACGUACGACAAUCUUCACGUGCGCCACAGAUGGUAUCUCCUUCCAAGAAAGUCUUGAGCAAUACUAGUUUCAUUUACUCUAUAACAAGCAAGGCCGGCCUUAGGCAUAGGCAAACUAGGCAGCUGAUAAGCGCCUCCGAUUGGUAGACGCCUCGCACUGGACUCGAAAUAAUAUUUUUGAAAAAAUAAAUAGCGAAACUUGUGCCCAAUGUUAAUGUUGGACUACAUUAGGUUUUAAAUAUAUUUUCUAAUUUUAUUUGUUUGCUGCUUUUUUUUUCUAUUGCAUUUGGGGGGCCACCAAAUUUAGCAAUUCGACAAAUCUUGCAACAAUUAAACCUACUCACUUACGUAACUUAUCGUUUCCAAUCAUGGUCUUUCGAUACUAACUUAUCACAAAUUAUUAUGUUCAAUAUUAAUAGGCACCUGAAUACCUGUAACUUCACAAAUUAAUAAUGUAAUUUACUUUU